GGGUUUGGAGGAGAUUGGGAUGGGGAAUCCAGAGUUCCGGAUCUUCAACACCAUGACCAAACAAAUGGAGGUUUUCAAGCCCAAAAUCCCCGGAAAAGUAGGCAUGUAUGUCUGUGGUGUGACUGCCUACGAUUUCAGCCAUGUAGGUCAUGCUCGGGCCUACGUUGCUUUUGAUCUCCUCUACAGGUGUUGUCUUCACUCUUUUAAACUUAAACAGAUACUUGCAACAUUUAGGAUAUGAAGUAAAUUAUGUACGGAACUUCACCGAUGUUGAUGAUAAGAUAAUUCGCAGAGCAAAUGAAUUGGGUGUAGAUCCAUUAAGUUUGAGCCGUCGUUUUUCCAAAGAAUUUCUUGAUGAUAUGGCUGAUCUUCAGUGCCUACCUCCUACACAUGAACCACGUGUUUCUGAUCAUAUGAGCCAGAUAAAAGAUAUGAUAGUUCAGAUUAUUCAUAAUGGAUGUGCCUAUGUCGUUGAUGGAGAUGUGUACUUUUCCGUCGAUAAGUUCUCUGGCUAUGGUCGUUUAUCUGGACGAAAGUUGGAAGAUAAUCAAGCAGGCGCACGGGUGGCCAUUGAUCCUAGGAAGAAGCACCUUGCUGAUUUUGCAUUAUGGAAAUCUGCAAAGCCUGGUGAGCCAAGCUGGGAUAGCCCUUGGGGUCCUGGAAGACCAGGAUGGCAUAUUGAAUGCAGUGCCAUGAGUUCGCAUUAUUUAAGUCCGUCCUUUGACAUUCAUGGAGGAGGAAUGGAUUUAAUCUUUCCUCAUCAUGAGAAUGAGAUUGCCCAGAGUUGUGCUGCAUGUUCAGCGAGCAAUGUGAGCUAUUGGAUGCACAAUGGUUUUGUUACUGUCAACAAUGGAAAAAUGUCCAAGUCACAAGGGAAUUUUCUCACAAUUCGUGAGGUGUUCAAGCUGUACCAUCCAUUGGCCUUGAGAUAUUUCUUGAUCAGCACGCACUACCAGUCUACAGUCAAUUACUCGAUCAAACAACUUGAAGAGGCAUCAAACAAAUUUUUUGACAUUUAUCAGGCAUUAUAUAAAUGUGAAAUGGCCUUUUCUCCAUUUCGAGAAGAGAGUCUCAAGGAUGAAAUCACGCCUGAUAUCCAAAAGUGCAUUGACAAGUUUCGCACUGAUUUCCAGAAUUCAAUGGCAAAUGACUUGAAUACUCACGAUGUGGUGAAAGUCCUAUUGGAAGAUGUCCUGAAGGCCAUUAAAACUGUUCUAGACUUGUUAGAGAAGAAGAACGAGCAACAGCCAUGGAUGAUUCAGUCUCUUAUUGCAUUGGAGAAAGAAGUGAAAUCUGUUCUUACCAUUUUGGGGCUGAUGUCAUCUUCAACUUAUUCUGAGGUUCUAAGUCAGUUGAAAGAUAAGGCAUUGAACAGAGCUGGUUUGACAGAGGAGCAAUUGCUGCAGGUGAUUGAGGAAAGGACUUCAGCUAGACAUAUGAAAGACUACACAUCAAGUGACUUGGUUAGGGAUGUUCUCUCUAGUAAAGGAGGUAUUAUGCUGAUGGAUUUACCCGAUGGAACUACAACAUGGAGACCAUGUGUGCUAGUGGAUCGAUCUGAUUUAACAGGGGUUCAAUUGCUGGAGCUGAUUGAGGAAACUGUAAGAGCGAAAAAGAAGCCCAAAGAUUCAAACUCCGACCAGCUUAUUGAUGUGGUUGCUAGUAAAGGUAUCCUUCCUAUGGAUUCAACUGAGAAUAAAGAAGCAUGAUCACUAUCCCAUUCCUUUAGGAGCUCUGUUGGAAGAUUGUGGUUGGAUUUACUUAAGAUGGCCCCACAGGUUGGACGCACACCGUUAAGUAGGUUUUUUUUUUUUUUUUAAAUUUUAAUUUGUGAACUUAUGGCAGUAAAUAAGCUGCUUUUUUAAAAUAAAAAUUAGUUUGGUAACCACCUUUGUAAAAGCAGUUUAUUAGUUUAAACUUACAUCUUAAACCCAACUGAAUUACUUGACUUUUAGGAGCUCACUUUGUAGAAAGUGGGUGGAUUUAUUUCA